AAAUUACUCAACAUUAUGAAAAACAAAUUAAUACUAUACAACAUGAUGCAGAACCAGUUAAAGAGAAUAAAUCUCCAAUUUCACUCGUUUCUAGCCGUAAAACAAAUCCAAGAUGCAAGAAAUGUAAUAUUAGAAAACCUCACUAUGAUGAAAAUUCCAAUCAAUGUAAAGAUUGUUAUCGGGCUUCAUUACGAGUUUUAAGCGGUAAUAAAUUAAUAGAUGAUUUUAUUGAAUCGACACAGACUUUUUAUCAAUUUAUUCCAUAUAAACAAUUUACCAAUAUUGAAUACCUAGCUAAAGGAGAGUUUAGUGUAAUAUAUAAAGCAACAUGGGUCGAUGGGCCUAUUUCUCGCUGGAAUCCUAAAAAGCAAAAAUAUGGUCGAGAAGGAAAUUAUGACGUCGCUCUUAAAAUUCUUAAUAAUUCUAAAAAAAUGGAUUCGAAUUAUUUAAAUGAGAAUAAUAUUCCAACAAUUGCAGAUUUAGGAAUAAGCAAACCGGUAGAUGCGUCAUCUGAUGAGAAUACAAUAUAUGGAGUUAUUCCAUAUGUUGCACCAGAAGUAUUAAAAGGAGGAAAGUUUACAAAAGCUUCCGACAUUUAUAGUUUUGGUAUGAUUAUACCAUUUUCUGAUCGUAAGCAUGAUGAACAUCUUAUUCUGGAUAUUCUUAAUGGUCUUCGCCCAGAAAUUCGAACAAAUACACCACAGGAUUUAGUUGAAUUAAUGGAAAGGUGCUGGCAUUCAGAUUCAGAAAAAAGAAUUUUUAAAGGUUUUGAUGGUACUCUUCUAAUGAGAACAUAUUAUUUGAGAUAUGAGCUUGGAAUACUUAUUGAUAAAGCAAAAAGAGGAGAAAUAAAAUUUCCAGAAAAUAAAGAUACAAGUAUUUUACCAACUAAAAUAAAUGAACAAGCAAUUUAUUCCA